AUGAAAGAAAACUACUUCAUGACCAAACGCAAACCGAAAGUUUUAAAAUUACAGAGUAAUGAUAGCCAAGACAACUCUAUGCAAGGGGUAAAUCUAGCUUUCGCAAACUCCUGUGAACUCUUUAUUCGUGAUAUUUUGCCUGCGGUAUUUUUCCUGUUGGAAACAAGCAAAUUAAGAAUUUGGUUCAAUUUUGUUAUUGGUUCAAGGAAGACACACAACUUGACUUGCAGUUAUUUUUUGUUUCAUCUCGUGCGCUCAGAAAGUGCUCGGAGUACUCGCAGUUCUUAUGAUUUCCAUAUUCUUACUGCUCUCGCAGCCGCUACGAAAUGUUGCGAAUGGUACUUUUCAAGUGCUUCAACAAUCACAUAUGAUAAAAAAGCUCAAUUACCUAAAUGUGGUGAAGUUUCAAGUGCUUUAAAAUCUAUUCCAAAGCACCCAAAGGGUCUUUCCUUUCAGGACUUCAACCGUUGCUGUCCUCUUUGCUUGAAUAAACGAGUAGGUCCGACCCUGUUGAUAAGAAGCGGGUAUGUUGAAGUACAAUAUUUAAUUUAUUCUUUUUAUUGUAUAAAUCACAGAUACGUCUUUUGUUUUUCUUGUAUUUCAGAACAUGUGUUGAAAUAUAAUACUUGUCCGGUAACGAAAAAGUCUACGCUCAAUUGUUCAGAUGAUCUCAGGAUGCUCUAUGAAGUACAUUGCUAG